GCGCGCCUCCCCUUUAACCCGUCAGCGGUGUGCGCCGCGUCUAAGGCGCUGCGCGGUCGUCUGCGGGGAGAGAAGUUGCUGGGCACUGGACGGAGUUGCGCUCCGCUCUUUUUUUUGCCGGGGGAGCAUCGCCUUGCCGCCGGGACAUGGCUGCGACGCUCGGUUCACGCUAAACCCCAGCGCGGCAUCUCCCCCCCCCUCCCCGACUCACCCCCCAGCAACCCCGAAGAGUCAACGAGAAGAGCUCCCGACGACGACCGCUGCAGCAGCCGCCGCCGCCGCCGCAUCUCGUCGCGGGAAGACCGCGGAGAGACAAAGGCGGACGGGGAACGGGAUCUUCCCGCGACGCCGAGCCCGAUCCGAGGUGGUGCGUGCGCGCGGGCCUCCCCCUCCCGUGGUGAGAGCCCCCGGCCCCGUUGGAUGUACAUGGUGGCCAUGAUGAUGAUGGAUCAGCCGCUGCUGGAGGCUCCUCCUUUGCUGAGUCCAGAGCUGCCGCCGCCGCUCGUCCCGAUGCUCGGCGGUGGGGAGGCCACGCAGCAGGUCAUCCUGGUGCAAGUGAACCCCGGAGAAACCUUCACCAUCCAGGCCGAGGACGGAACGGUGCAAUGCAUCCCCGGUCCCGCCCACGUUCCCAUGAUGUCCACCAAUGGCUCCAUCCCUCCCAUCCACGUCCCUCCGGGCUACAUCUCGCAGAUCAUCGAGGAGAACGGCGUGUGGAAGGUGGUGGUCACCCCGCACCCUCCCGAGUUCCACCCGCACCCGUCCAUGCACCCGCCGCCGCCGCCGCUGCCUCCGUACAUGCAGCACCACCCGCCGCUGCUCACUGCGCCGCCGCCGCACGCCAUGUACCCGCCGCCGGGGCCCGCCGGAGAGAUGCCGCCCCCGUUCAUGGCCCACCACCCGCCGCCGCCGCCGCCGCCCCCGCCGCCGCACGCCAUGUACACCGAGCAAGAAGCGAUACCGCCCCCGCUGAGGCCCAACUACUACCAGGACCGUCUCAUCAGCGGCAAGCCGCACGGCAAGAAGCUGGGCAAACCGGAGCGGCUCGGCGGAGGAGAGAGGAUGAGCAAGGAGGGCAAAGCGACGGGGAGCAGCCCGCCAAACUCUCCGCAGAACGGCGGCAAACCAUCGGGCAGCAGCUCCUCCAGCUCCUGCACGCCGUCGGGGUCGCCGCCGGGGUCAUCGUCCUCCUCCCUGUCCUCGCUGGCCCUGUCUUCGUCGCCCUCGUCGUCGCUGUCGUCCUCCUCGUCGUCGUCACCGCCGCACAAGCCCGCGCACGCUGGGCCGCCGGGCUCGCCGCGCCAGGGCGGCCACCACGGCCACCACCACGGCCAGCCGCCGUCGCACCAGCCGCACCAGCACCAGCCGCACCACCACCACCACCAUCACCACCACCAGCAGCCGCCGCCGCCGCUGCUCCACCAGCUGCAGCAGAGCCACCACCCGCUGUCGCAUCACGGCAUGCCGCCGCCGCCGCCCCACCACCACCAGCAGCAGCAGCAGCACCAGCAGCAGCACCAGCAGCACAAGGCGGCGCAGCAGCCGCUGUCGGCGUCGCCGGCGCACGGCACGGUGAUAAACGGGUGCUCGCAGCGCGUGCUGCCCUGCAACGGAGGCAUCGCGGGAGGGCGCAGGACGGACAGGCGGUCGCGCGGCAGCCCACGGCACACGGACGGCCAGGACGCACACUGCGGUGAGACAGAUGUGGAACUCAGAAAACCGCAAGACGCCGCGAGUUCCAUCGGAAGACCGCAGGUGACGAACGUGCAGGCGCGGUCGGCGCUGCUUUCCUGGUCGCCGCCGGCUCCUCCGCCGGCGCCCAUCACCAACGGCCACCGUCCUUGCCCCGGUGGCGGGGGCGGAGGGGGCUCCCCGCUGCACUCGCCGCCGUGCCCCCGCCGCUACGAGGUGUCCAUCUCCGAGUCGGGCGGCGGCGGGGCCUACCAGGUCAUCUACAGCGGAGAAGACCGUGAGAUCUGCGUGCGGGACCUGCGGCCGGCCACCGACUACCACGUCCGCGUGAGCACGGUGUGCGCCUCGGCGAGGGGCUCCUGCUCGGACUCCGUGGGCUUCACGACGCACGGCUGCGUCCCCGACCCCCCCGCGGCCCCCCGACUCACGCAGCGCAACAAGACGUCACUCGUGCUGCACUGGAAGGCGCCUGUGGACAACGGCUCGAAGAUCACGGGAUACCUGCUCGAGUGGGACGAGGGCAAGCGGAGCAACGCGUUCCGGGAGUGUUACUCCGGUUCACAGAAGCAGUGCCGGCUUGGCAGCCUGCAGCCGGCGCAGGGCUACACGUUCCGGCUGGCAGCGCGCAACGACCUGGGCACCAGUGGCUUCAGCGAGGAGGUGUGUUUCCAAACGUCGGGCAGCGCGCCCCCGUGCCCCGCGCCGCCCCGGCUGCUCCGCGCCUCGCCGUCCUGGCUCAUCCUGCAGUGGGCCCGCCCCCAGCACGACUCCUCGUCCGACGGCGCGCUCUCCUACCUGCUCGAGAUGGAAGAGGAGGAGGAGGAGCAGGAGGCGGCGGAGCGGGCGGCCAGGGAGCGAGGUGGCGGCGGCGGUGGCGGGGAGGCGGACGUGCCGAUCUGCGGGUUCCAGGCGCGGUACACGGGCACGGAGCUGAGCUGUACGGUCAGAAACCUGUGCCGCGGCUCCCGCUAUCGAUUCAGGUUGUUCUCGUGCUCGGUGGACGGACGCAGCUGCCCCAGCGACGUGGUGACGUUCAGCACGGCGCCCGACCGGCCCGGCCCGCCCGCCCGGCUGCACGCUCGUGGCGACGCGACGGCCCACGGAUUCACCGCCGCCUGGGAUCCACCCAAGGAGAACGGCGGUGCGGACGUGAUGCGCUACCAGCUGGAGAUGGCCGAGGGCAGCGCCAGCGCAGGGGUGGUGGGCGACUGGCGCGUGGUCUACACUGGUCUGGACCGUGAGCACGCGUUCACCACGGCCUCCCCGGGCUCCCUCUACCGUCUCCGCGUGACCUGCGUGACCGCGGGUGGCACCAGCCAAUGCUCCGAGGUGCUCGCCGUGGAGACGCCGGCGGUGGCGCCGGGCAAGUGCUGCCCCCCCGACCUCGCACGGGACCCCGAGCCCGAGCAGCUUCACCUGCGAUGGGCCGCGCCCGGCCACGACGGCGGGGCGCCCGUCAGCUGCUACCGCCUGGAAAUGCGGCCCGUGGCGCCCGUCUCGGAGGACGAGGAGGGCGACGACGACGACGACGGUGACGACGGCGAUGACGACGACGAGGCAGAGGAGGCGGCGGAGGGGCAGCAGAAGCAGCCGGCGGAGGCCGGAGCGGCGGAGGAGACGGACGACGCGGCGGCGGCGUACGUGGGCCCCGACACGGAGUGCGUGCUGGAGAGCCUCCUGCCGGGCCGCGUCUACACCGUGCGCGUGCGAGCCACCAACUCCGCCGGGCACGGGGUGUUUUCUGAGUUCUCCGAGUUCCGGACCGCAGCCUCGUGUCCCGCACGCUGCUUGACGCCCGUCGUCACCUCCGUGCACGCCACCUGUGCCUCUGUGUGCUGGGAGGAGACGGAGUGCAAUGGAGCGGAGUGUUCCGAGUACCGCCUGGAGUGGCGUGGAACUGGGGAUCUGUUCCGUCCCGUCUACUGCGGCCUCCAACGGAGCUACGAGGUGCACGGGCUGGUGCCCGCCACGCACUACUACUGCCGCGUGCAGGCGGUGAAUGCGGUGGGGCCGGGUCCUUUCAGCACCGAGGGCGUCUACGUCACUCCGGCCUGGGUGCCUGGCGCGGUUCCGUCACUCCGCCUGAUGGACCCAGAGGAGGAGAAGUUGGGGUCUGCGGAGGGAGCGUCGCCGGAGGUUGAGUCUCAGGCUUCACCACCCUCCACCUGCCUAUUGGCCGGCUGGGAGGCUCCGCCCUCCAAUGGCGCACCGAUCCUGGGAUACACCCUACACCUGACUGGCCGAGGACAGAUGGAGGGGGAAGGGUCAGCGGAGAAGGCGUGGCCACUGCUGUCCGUUAGGGGCGGAGCCAACACACGUCACGUGAUACGAAACCUGCAACCGGACAACGAGUACAGCGUGCGCGUGCAGGCCGUGAACGCCCUGGGCGCGGGGCCGCUGGGAGCCCGUGCCGUGGGCCGAACGAGGCCCCAGCCGCCGGCGCCUCCGCGCCUCGAGUGCGCCCCACCGGGACCCCACAGCCUCAAGCUGCGCUGGGGCGAGAGCCUGGGCCGCCCGGCCACCGGAGGGGCGGCCGCCGCGGCCGUGGCAGUGGCGGCGGGAGGGUCGAUGGCGGAGCCCACGCACUACGUGCUGGCCGCGGAGGACACGCAGGGCAGACUGACCGUUGUCUACUCGGGGCCCUGCCACACGUACAAGGUGCAGAGGCUGCAGGAGAGCACCGAGUACAGGUUCCGCAUCCAGGCCUCCAACCAGGCCGGCCGGGGCCCGUACUCCCAACUCCACAGCUUCACCACCGGCAAGGCCAUCCCCCCCGCGCCGAAAGCUCCACGCGUGACUCAGCUGGAGGGCAGCCGGUGCGAGGUCUCCUGGGACCCCGUGCCCCCCAUGAGCGGUGACCCCCUCCUCUACUGCCUCUACCUCCACAGCCCCCGCGACUCCGAGUACAAGCAGGUUUACAAGGGGAUGGCUACCUCCUUCCAGAUCCCAGGCCUCCACUUUAACAACGAGUACAGGUUCCGCGUGUGCGCCUCGCGCCAGAGUGUCUGCACCAGCAGCGGGGGCGACUCCCUGGCUGCUCCCACACAGACGGAGCUGGUGGGGCAGCCGAGCCCCUCGGCCAGCUUCGUGCCCCGCCGUCCCGAGGCUGCCCAGUCAGGCGAGCCGCUAGGCCUCGGUGAGGCCGCUGGCCCCGACCAAUUUCAAAACGGUGACGAGCGCUUCGCGGCGCUCAUUUUGCUGGGCUUCGGAGCGAGCUCCCUCUUCAUCGCCUUCAUCAUCCAGCUGCUCAUCAUGUAAAUCCCAAAGGGUCAGCUUGAUGUCGAGGGAAGAUUCCACCAUGUUUGUUUUUGGUAUGACAUGUUUUUUCCCCCCCAUAAACAAACCAAUAGACCGUUCUUAUUUUUCCGGUCUCGCACGCAGAAAGGUUGAUAGAGCUUGGCCGGUUUGCGCCGCCGCCACGAACUCAAAACGGACUUUGCGCUCCGCUACUUUCUGCGGUGUAGGGUCAGUUCCGGAGGUCGUCGUAUUCCGUUUGUUGUCGUAGCGAUUGUUUUUGUUUUCCCGUACUCGCGUAACCUUGACAUAAUUCCACAAAAAUGCUGUACGCGCUUUGGUAGACGCGAAGAGCGAUUUCUAAGAGAUGUGGAUGCCACGACCAAACCAAUGCAGACUCGCCUUUGUAUGAACGGUAGGAUGCUACGCUAUGCAAAUGUAAGAGGAAAAAUAAAAAGUAAAUCCGCUAGAGAUCUUGAGAGCAACUGCACGAUGUUGCCAUUUCCAAGCAGCAGUAGCCUCGUCCGAAAAGCCGCGGUAAUACCAGUACCAGAUUGUCACCUCCGGUGGUGGGUUUUUCGAACACGUGGGAGGUUUCGAGGCCACCCGUGUACGUACGCUUUGCUGCUUUCUUCGUUUAAAAGUCACUCGCGGUGAUCGUUUGAUGAAAGAUGUCGCGAUGGCGAGCGAAGCGGCCUCAGCAUGCGACCUCUGCCUUGUGCGGCAGUUUUAUACGUUUUUGAACCGACCGUAAAAAGGAGGGCACGGCAAAAGAUUAUAACGAUGAAUAUGCCUUGGCAUAAAAAAAAAAACCCUUUAGAUGAUAUCAAGUGCCUGACUGCAUAUCACGUCGACGUAUAUGCGUCUGUAAAUCAGAUGAUAUUCAGUGGGAAAGCUUUAUAUGGUGAUUACCGUUAUUAUAUAUACUUGCAAUGUCAGUGGUGCCUUGUUUGAAAAAGGAGAGGGGCCGGAAAAAGACACAACAAUAAAUGAGAGGGGGUGGGGGGGGGAAACUAUGAAAACUAGCCUGCACAUUUGAAUUAUUAUUUGAGGUUGUGAUUUAUAUUUUUUUGCGGGGGGGGGGGGGUCCGGGGUGGGAAAAAGCACUUUUUAUGUAGCAAGCUAUAGAACUGCCAGUGAAUGUGAGCUCGCGUCGCGAUCUGGGUGCGUCUGCUGCCCCUUGUGACCAAAUUGGAAGGUUCCCCCAUUUGGGGGUGAGGAGGUGGGGAGGCUUCUUGAACAAACAAAAAAUUAAGUCAGGAUUCGAGGCGGCAUUAAUUCCAGCCUUGGUGUCACUUUGAGAUCGCACAACUGGACUCUGCCAAGAGACGUGGGUUGCUAACAUUCAGAGCAUGAACCUUUUUAUUUUUUCAACGAAAUGCUGUUAUUUUAAUUGUAUUGCAAUUUAAUGUGUUUUUUUUGCCUUAAUUAUAUAUGGCGGCAUCCUUUUAUAUGUAUACUGUUCCAUACAGGUAAUUUUAUUGCAUGUCAAGUUAAAAUCGAUAUUGGCUGUUUUAUAGAGAAUUAUGAUAAUGGUAAAAACAUAAGAGCCUUAAUGAUAAUAAUACCCUGGAAAUCCUUGCAAACGAGAUGCUCCAUCUCACGGGAAUAACCCAGGUGAAAUAUUUUAACUAAAUGAAUACAAAUUUUUUAUGUGUAGCUUCAUAGUGUGCAAGUACAUGGCGAAUAUGGGUUGCAAGAUGGUACAAGGUUUGUUCCUGAUUUUCAUGGUUGAUCUUCAACCGUUAGCAUGUCACGCCAAUUUGUAUUCCAUCGUUUGUAAAAGGGCUGUGAACUCGUAGUUGCUAGCUAGCUUGAGGCCUUCCGGCCUGGUUGAGGCCUGAGCCAACGGGGGGGGGGGGGGGGCUACGCAGGAGAGAGGCCUUAACCAAAAUACAGCGGCAGGUGAGAUGGUAUCGUAACACAAGAGGAAACUUUUGCAAACUCGUUGCCAAAACCCUCAUCUUGUUGCCCGCCCUUCCUCUAUGCAUUUUAUUAACCGGUAUUUCUGUUUUUAACUAUCAUUUCUUAAAGUCGAGUAUUUAUCCUGCAAAAGAAUGCCGUCGGCAACGCGGCGGUGUGCUUGGACAGAAACGCGCUCUGCUAAGAAACACUCGACAGAACUUGCUGUAAGGCUCUCUUAUAUUUGCACAGCUGCUGGUCCCAACACUAGUUCAUUAAACCACGUUUUUUGGCACAUUUUUGGGCCCUUUUUUUACAUUCAUCUAUAUAUGUAUCCAGUAUUAAAUGAUGUUGCUUUUGUUUUUUUCGUUCCGUUUUUUAUAUCCUCCCCUCUUUUUCUUAUAUUUCUAUUUUUUGUUGUUGUCGUGCGUGCGUGCGUUUGUUUUCUCAAGUCAUACAUUUCAAGCUUUGCCCCCCCCCCUCCUCCUCAUCCCUCUCCUCCCCCAAAGGUCGUUACUGCCACGUUGAUCGAGCGGAGUCGUAUUCCUACCUGACGAGUUAUCAAGUGUGUGGGUGGGGGGUGGUUUAGCUCUGGUUGGAAAAGAAACGAAACGCCAUCGCGGACCGCGUGCGUAAAUCACUAUUCGCUCACGAUGAAUAUUAACGUCUUGAUUGCUGCUAAAUCUUAAAGGCUUCUCGGUCCCCCUCGCCGCCCCAAGAGCGUCGUGUCAAGAAGACCGAGUCGAGCGCUGGCUUCCCCGUUUGUCUCCCAAUGUUCUCCCAUGUCAGAAACGGUUCUCUACUCCGACCAAGCUUUAAGUAUGGAUGCGAACGCGUCCAGUCCAGUUGUUGUUGUAGGGUUGUUGACAAGUUAGCCCUGUGCUGGCGAGAAGGAGGGUGGGAAAAAUCCAUUUAUUUUCUUUUAAGGCUUAAAAUAAAUAAAUAAAUACCAUCUCUUUACCAAAAAACGAAAAACUGCUGGACAACACGUUGCAUGUCUCGGUUAAUUUUUUGUGCAUCAAAGAAUUGUUUAUCCGUUUUUUUUUCUUCUGGUUUUUUGUAUGCAUGCGGUCGAGGUGUCGGCGAGUGUAGUGGUGGUGCGGACGCUUUUUGUCCGCUGUCCGCACGCCCUCCCUUCAACGCUCGCACGUUCACACGUUCACAAAACAACAGCGGCAAGAAGAACCCUCUUUCCCCCCUGCGUUUGCGUCCCUUAACCGCUCGACUUUUUUUCGAAGCUCAACCUCUCGUGUCUAUUUAAGUUGUUGCCGGAGCUGUCCCCCACGAUGCCGGUGUCUCGACGAAACCGGUCGAUGUUGGAAGAAUGCUUGCCAAAGUGUAUCCGAGUGUAGCUGCUUUACCGAUGGAUUUACGGAAACGUUAUGGUGCUUGAAAAUAAUCCCCUCUCCUUCCCCCUUUGUCCCCUGAGCUGAGCCAAUCUACUGCACAUUUACCGCGUGGCUUUGCAAACGGUUGGUCUUGACGAACGGAGGAAAGUCAUUUGGUGGGUGUUAUAUAUAGAAUUUUUUUGUUUUACUUUCGAACGAAACGGCUUUGGCAACGCGUGUGCGGUCCACGCGAGCCGUGUAAGGAGGAGUCGCAACAACCUCUCCGUCUGAGCGCGGCUGAGCGGGAGGGUGAGCGAGCACGUCCAUGCACCUCCGUGCGUUUAGACGGCUUUUUUUUACACUUGUACGUUCUUUCGUCACAGGCGUAACGAAUAAAAAAGAAACACUUUAAGAAAAAAGUCGCGCCAUACAGAAACGCAAACGCGUAGCCUUGCAUCGACGAAGUCUGCAGCGAGGCAAAUGACCCAUGUGGAAUCUCGCAGAAGCAGCAGAUGCAGGGCUGCCAUGACGCGCGUUGUCAAUGGCAGGUGCACGGUCGGUAUCAAAUCGUUCAAUGUUUGUGGGCGCAUCUUGAUGACCCCCCCCCCAUUUAGAAUGUGACCGUAAGACUCAAUUCUUGUAACCUAUGAACACCGCACUCGACACCAUUUACUUGAGCGUCUGUGGGACUUUCCUGCAACUGGGUGGGAUGGGGGGGGGCGUUAGGAGUGGGUUUGGGAGUUGCAAUCAGGUGCGGAGUGUGGGGAGGCCUUUGGAGAAGAUCCUGCGUAUAGCGCGCACGACCCCGCAAGGUGAAAUCGUCACAGGUUCAAGGCGUGUUGCUAGCAGGAGUUGGCACCGUUACCUCUCUAAACAGAACAACGAACCCGAACCGUCACUUUUUUUUUUAAUCCCAAAUGAAACACAAAAACAUUCAAUAUUAAGUUGAGCUCUUUAUUAUUAUCAGUGCAAUUUUUGUUUUAAGUUCCACAUUUUACCGUUGCUGUUUUAUUCUUUGUAUUUAUUGUGAUUCCGCUGAAAGAACAAUGAGAGUGUGCGUGCGUGCGAUUUGCUAAUUUGUUACGGUUUUAACUUCUCGUAGUCUCCUAAGCUUUUCGCGAGUUUAAACUUAAAGCCUCAGACGGCGACAUUAGUUCAUCUAUUCCACGUAGCCAUUUCUUCUCGUCGUCGCUUCUCUGUCAUUAUUAUUCCUUGGGGGGGGCAGGGGGGGGAACCUUCGGUGCGUGUAAGACAUCGCUCAUUUACAUCAUCUACAGACACACACAAAAAAAAUUCGCUUUGAAAUUGUACGUGUAGACAAUGUUUACAGAUAGCAAUGCAUUUCAUUUGGCCGUUUGUAAGGGUUCGGGUGAAAACGCCAGUUGUGCCUUCCUAUUCGAAUAUGCUUGCAGAAUCUGUUAAUCCAGCCCAUUGCCCUCCUAUCCGUAAGCUUUCGCUUGAGGGGACAUUUAACAAACAAACAAAAGUAUAUAUAUUUGUACCUGAAAACUUUAAACAAAAAAAAUUACGACAAAAAAAUAUGAAUUUAUUUAGCUAAAAGUAUUUUCGUAAAACAUUUCUCACGGUUCAGCCACAUUUCCAGAUCGUCAUCAAAAUUUAAAGUAAGACCUUUGUUUUUUGUUGGGAAAUUAAGUUGAAAUUUUCUCAAAUUUCGUUUUUUUUUGUAUGCAGAAUCAAGGCGCUUAAUUGUGCUGUGGAUACAAUUUUCAUGCCAACGUUUGAAGAAGGGCAAGUGGCUCGUUUUGAAUGUUUUAUUAAGUUGGAUUUUUUUGGAGUAACUAAUUGAAAAUGUUAACGGGGUAAUCAAAACAGAGCUGAUUGAAAAAUUAAGCCGUCCGUUGGUGCUGUCGGGACAGUUGUGUUAAUGUCGCGUGGAGAGUCUCUGCGAGGGACGAUUUUACAUUCCAUACAAAAGUUGAUUUUGUUUUAACCGGGCGAGAAAGUCGGACGCGGUCUCUCGUCGGCUAGACCGAGGGGGGUGGGGGCAAUGACCUCCCCGUGACCCCCCGUGGCCCCCCGUGGCCCCCCGUGACCCCCCGUGACCCGCUUUGCAGCGGCUGCCGUUCCGUUUGAGAAAUCACGGCGAGACUCAGCACCGCGUGGCUUCGUCGAGAGGACGAACAAUUGUCAACACCAAUAAGCAGCAGCAGCAGAUAAGACCGCUGUUACCUCAUUAACCGCGAACAUUCCAGCGAUUAAAAGAAACACAAACAUUUAAUACAAUAAAUAAAAACUAAACGACCACCCCAACUCCUUUAGACGCUUUUUCGCGAGAGGCUGAUCAAUGGCACCCUCCACCAGAAUCUGGACACUACAAGUGACACGCGCGAGUCGAGCCUUGCAGUCUUAACAUACGUAUUGCUGCCAUAAUAAUGUACUAUAUAGAUCCUGCAAAUAAUACUUUUUAAGUAUGUAUGUAAGACGUUACCUUUAUCUGUAGCUAAUAUAUGUAUAAAUAUAUAUUGUUAUCAUAUCAACAAUAAAAGUUGUAUCGAGA